AUGGCUAAUACAAUCGUAAUACCCUAUCCGACAAUAACAACUUUUCGUACACCUAAACGACAUCAAUGGCGUCGUUAUACAACAACCAUGACAAUCAAUACAAAUCAAAAACAUCAUUCCUCGUAUUCAUCUGUUGUACGUAAAUCAACAUCGAAUCUACCUGAUAUUAUUAAUGAUUGUCAUAAUCGACGAGACGAUAUAAUUAAUUCAAACGAAGAAAUAAAAUUAAUGUGUAAACAAAUCGCACAUUCACUUCGUCUUGUUGCCGAUCAAGUCGAUAAAAAAUAUUGUCAAGAUGGUAAAUUCCAUCGACAUAUUCAUUGUUUCACAAUACGUUUUGUAUUACAUACAACACAUAUUCGAACAAUAAUUUAUACAUUAUGGACACGCGCAUUUUUACCAAUUAUUCUAUGGAUUUGCAAGGCCAAAUCUUUGUUUUGA